CCUCCGCUGGUCCAAUGCUGCCACCAUGCCGGCCCUGCCUGAGACGCAGGACAGCAUCAAGGAGGAGAUACGACGACAGGAGUUCCUGUUGAACUGCCUCCACAGGGACCUCCAGGCUGGGGUUAAAGAUCUGUCUAAAGAGGAGAGGCUCUGGGAGGUUCAACGCAUCCUCACGGCUCUCAAACGCCAACUACGGGAGGCCAAGAAACAGGAGUGUGAGACUAAGAUAGCCCAGGAGAUAGCCAGCCUCUCUAAAGAAGAGAUGACUGAGAACGAAGAAGAGGUGGUUAAUAUCAUACUGGCACAGGAGAAUGAGAUCCUGACAGAGCAGGAGGAGCUGAUAUCUCUGGAGGAGGUGUUGAGGAGGCAGAUAUCUACAGAGAAGGGGGGAGAUCGAGAGGCUGAGGGCCGAGAUCGCUGACAUACAGAGUCGUCAGCAGGGUCACAGUGAGACAGAGGAGUCCUCUUCAGACAGUGAGAGUGAGAGUGAAGACGAGGAGGAACUCCAGAUGAUCCUGGAAGAGCUGCAGAAACAGAAUGAAGAACUGGAGGUGAAGCGCUGGACUGCCUGCGCUGUGUCCCAGCUCAGGCAGGAGGAGAAUGUGAGGUGACAGUAGAAACCUGCCCCCCAGAGAAGGACGGCUGUGCAGCCGCCAAGUUCCUCAGAGCGCCAUUUAGCCAUUUCCAGAGAUGCAUGGACAUGUCGGGCUGUAAGCAGUUCCAAACCAACGCUUUCAUCAACGUGAAGUGUUGUGACACUGAGAAGUGCAACACGUUCUAGACUAUUCUGCUGUGACAAGACGGAUUCAGAUCAGUAAAGAAACGAUUAGAGGGCGCAGCAUCCCACUGGGCACACAUCGGUUGAAUCAAUGUUGUCGUUUCCACGUCAUUUCAACGACAUUACGUUGAACCAACGUGGAAUAGACAUUGAAUUGACGUACGUGGCCAGUUGGAUCCUACCCCUCACAUCAACAUUCUAAUUUAUCAACAAUUAUUUGACUUAAAAUAAAUCAAACUUUGAAACCCUUUUUUUUUUGUUGCUUUGAGCUUAAAUUCCGGGUAGGCUAAACGUAUUUUGCAAAAAUGAUUGAAUCUGAGCAAAGUUGAUCAAUCGUCAUUAUUGGAAUGAUACAACAUACAAUCCUGAAAUACAUCAUCACUUUUCACUUUAAUGAUUACAAUCAAAAAUAACA